UAAUAACUUCCAAUUUCCAUCUGUUUUGAUGAUUUCUGUAUACUAUAGUCUAUACUAAUACUAUAUCCAUGGUAAAACUAAAACUUUAUUUUAUAACAUAAAAGUCAACAGCAACACUGAAUAGUCUAGACUAAUAAAAUAAACUUUUAUAUUAUUAAUACUCAAACGUUUCUCAGCUUUAACAAAUUGUCUACUGGUUUUUUGAUUUGUCAUAAAUAAUUCAAUAUCGGUAUCAUAAAUGGGGGAUGAAAAGUCUGAAGAUCUUUCGCAAACGGAAUUAUCAAACUGUGAGAAUGUUAAAGAAAAUGAACCAAAGGAUAAUGAAAAUAAUGGUAAAGCAGAUAAAAUGAAAGUUGACAUAUUGCUUAAGGCCACUGGUAAUGCUCCCAUUAUGAAGAAAAAAAAGUGGGCUGUAGAUGCAGAAAAACCUAUUGGCUGGAUUAUGGAGUUUGUUAAAAAAUAUUUAAAACUCGAACCUGAAGAAAAAUUGUUUCUUUACGUUAACCAGACAUUUGCACCAUCACCAGAUCAAAUAAUAAGAAACUUGUAUGAGUGUUUUGGUACUGAUGGUAAACUAGUACUACACUACUGUAAGAGUCAAGCGUGGGGUUAAGAAUACAAGUGUGAUUUGUAGUACUGAUAACAAUUUAUAAGGCAUACAUUUUAUUUUUACUGACUUCAAAAAGGAGGACGUUAUCAAUUUGUCUGUACUUUUUUUUGUGCAUUUAUCGGUCAUGCUGUUGAUGCAUACAUUAAUAAAUAACUGUUAUUUUGAUAGGCUCUUAAUUUAUACUUAAAAUACAACAAAAUACUAU